AUGCGAAAUCUUUUCGAACUGCUCAUCGUCUUCUCCGAUCAGAAAACUAUUCUAAAAUCCAUUUUAACGAAAAAUACUGGAUUUUCUCAACUCUUCCGUGUUCAACUGAUUAAAUAUGUCAUUGGGAGCAAGAAGUCAAUCUAUGCUCCUUAUCCUCGUUGGCUUGGAAUUAUUUUGGCUCGUAAUGAAGAGGAUUAUAAUGUCAAUCAUGGAGUCGUCAUUCAAAUUCUAACUCUAUCAAAUAUCAUCAGUGUUGCUCCUUCUGAUGGAGAUAUGCAAAUUACUCAGAAGUCGGAAAAUUGGAUUGUAAAUCCCUACACUAUUGAAUCACCUGACUCUAAAGAAAAGGAUGAUGAGGAUAAUCAUGGAGAUUCUGAUGAUGAAGAAGGCGCUGAUGUUGAAGAAGGCACUGAUGAUGAAGAAGACAUUGAUGUUGAUGAAGAUGAAUUUUCCACUGAUAAAGGAGAUGCCUCUGUUCAAGGAAUGGCUAAUUAUGCUCCAAGAUUUAACCAACAUAUUUUCUUCUCCUCAUCCUCAACAUCAUCCAAAACUCUUGCAAAAGAUUUUGUAUAG